AUGGACAAGAACGGCAAGAGCGAUCCAUACGUCAUCCUUAAGCUUAACCGCAACGGCAUUCCACAGCAGACUACAGUUGUCAAAGCUUCUCUCAACCCAGACAUCAACGAGAACUUCGACUUCACACUCAUCGAUCCUAAGACUGAUGUCCUCCUUGUCUACUGCUACGACUGGGACGACCACAACAACCACGAUCUUAUUGGUGUUGGUGAGAUUCCACUUGAAGGCAUUGCUCUGGACGUUCCAGUUGAGAAGCAAGUCGAGCUUAAGAAGGAAGGUGGCCACCGCAAGGAGCGCGGCAAAGUCAACCUGAAGCUUCGCCUCCACAACUCACGCGAUGGUGAAUCCGAUGCAUCCGACGAGGAAGCUAACCUUGACAACCCAGAGAAGCCUGCUGAUCCAAUUGUUCUCCGCUGCACCGUCAUCGAUGCCAAGGGUCUUCCAGCUAUGGACAUGAACGGCAAGGCCGAUCCAUUCUGCGUCCUCAGCGUCAAUGGCGAAGGCGAGCAGUACAAGACUAACGUUGUCAUGCGCAGCCUCACACCAGUCUGGAACCAGCCAUUCAACAUCCCAGUUCCUAACCAAGACAAGGACAAGCUCCACGUCAUUGUCUACGACUGGGACGAGAAGAACAGCGACGACGUCAUUGGCUACAACAAGAUCAAGCUUCACGAGAUCCGCAUCAACCACCCAGUCGAGACACUUGUCCACUUGAAGAAGAGACAUGGUGUCCGCACCGAGCGCGGUGAUGUCCAUCUCCGCUUCGAAGCAUACAAGCCAGGCACCGAACCAGCUAUCGACUUUGUUCCAACCGCUCAUCCAGAGAAGAAAGUUUCACAGGAAGCCCCAACAGUUGUUGACUGCACCGUU